CAGUCAUUUUGAAAGCGAAAGUAAUUUCGACUAGUCCACUCCCUCUGUUCUGCUGUUCUCUCACACACUCUCUCCGCUCUCACACACACACACACACACACAUCGGAGUUCAGAUCUACAACCGGACUGCAGCUGCACUAAAUCAAGACAUGGAUUCUGCGACUCUCCUUUUCUUUCUGCUGAUGAUCUCGUCUCUGUGUCUUGGACAGUCAGUUAACAAUCUGUUCAGACUGAAAUGCCAGCCUGCAGUUGGAGUCAUUGGUCAGACCACUAACAUCAUCUGCGAUAUGGAGGCAGAAACUGUGCCUAUUGUAAACACAGUGGUUAUAACCAAGAUUGGAGAGACUGAACCGUGUUUCACAUUCAAUAGACGUGAUGACCUUGUGAUAGGAGACCCUCGCUUUCAGCAUAAAAAUGUGCCAUCAUUACAGCUUGAGAACACCAUGAUCUCAGAUGAAGGUGAUUAUAGUUAUUUCAUCAGAACCAGUCAUGGGAAGGAAGACAUCAGGUUCACAAUCAAUGUCACAGCCAAGUACCAUGAGCCGGUCAUAUCCUCCAAGCAGAAAGAGCUCGUAUCCGGUGGAGCUGCUGAUCUGUACUGUAACGCUAGCGGUGGAUACCCAGCUGGAACCAUCAACUGGUUUGAUGGAAGCAAGACAAACUGGACAAAAAACGCUGUGCUGCAAAUAACGCCGGGAGACGACGGGCUCUUCACUCUGUCCAGCAAACUGAACUUCAAGAGUUUUGACCCUAUCUGGGGAGAUUUCCAGUGCAUUGUCCUCAACAGCAAAUAUCAGGAAGAAGGAAGAAGCAACUCAAACCUGCAGAUAAUAGGUACGCUGGACAACCCCAGAGAUCCAGGAAACGACAGCAUGAUGAAGAACAUCGUUGCUGCUACAGUGGUGAUCGGGUCUCUCAUCGUCGGCCUCCUGAUUGCUCUCUUGUUAAAGCGAAGACGUUUUCAGCAGCUAAGAAGAACAUCAGCUGUCCCCUUUCUAAGAGACAAUGAGCCAGAACCUGUCUACUCCGAGGAGGAAAACGCUCUGAACGAACCGUUUUAUAAGAAAGCAGCCGAGGCGGAUCAGAACAUCGAAGUGUAAAUGUCUGAACCACUCUCUACACAAAUAAUCAAUACACUUUCACUUUCUCUGAAAUACAUUCUUUCUCCUUUAUUAACUCCACAAAUGAGUCAGAGGCCAGAGUUAUGGAAACAUGAGGAGGUUUGAAACAAAGGUCCAGUCUGUGGGGAGUGUGGAAAGUCCCUGACCUUUAAAACAAAACAGAAGAUCUAUUUAGCUAAAAGUGAAAGAUAAAAUUGUAAUAGCAACAUUCUCUAGGUGCAGAAUUGGUCUCUGUCUCUUCUUUCAUUUUUUCCAAAAUUUUUUGGAAUGAUCUAACAGAAUGAACAGAUCUUUUGAGAUAACAACAAAUGAUGGAGUCAUUACCAGGAUCUGUCAGGGGGUCAUUCCACACUCUUUAAUAAUUAACACACUUCUGUAAAUAACGAGCCAGGAAGUUAAUAUCCGUGUCUGAUGUUUAUCUCUGACGUUCUCUACAUCUUAAACGUCUGAAAUGCACCUGAGCUGAAGGCGUAGCAUCAGGACACACCUGAGAACGGCGCUGCUCUGCUGAUUUGAAAAUGUGAAUAAGAUUUGUAUAUACAAUUACAAGGUGACUGCUCUGAUGAAAGCCACAGCAAACAACAAGAACCAACUUCCAAAUUCCUGAAGCUUCAGAACACUAGAUGCAACUAUAAGGGGAAAAAAGUAUACAAUGAGGAAUAAAGCAGAUCAGCAUUGAUUAUUUUCCUAUAAUAACAUGUCCCUGUUUUUAAUCAGAAUGAAUUGGCCUAUGCUCUGUCCAGGUCUUACCCUUUAGACAUGAUCGAGUAGACUAGAAAAGAAAUCAAAGUGUUCUGCAUGAUGUAGGGUGAGACAGACGUCCAUGACUUAUGCUGAAAUUAAACCAACAACAAACAUGAUACGAUUAGAUUUAAACAGAUUUAUUUUUCACUGAGUUAUCCUUUAAAAUCGUCUGACACACACACACACAUUUACAUUUACAUUUCUGGCAAAUAAGAGCUAGUUUAAGUGUUUCAGGAAGAGGUAGGUCUUCAUCUGUCGUUUGAAGAUGGUCAGCAACUCACCUAUACGGACAUAUAGGGGAAGUUCAGUGUUUUGAAUCUGAUGCAGCUUCAGGAAGCCAGUGGAGGAGCAGCAAUGGGGUGGUGUGGGAGAACUUAGGCAGGAUGAAAACAAGUCACACAGCUGCAUUGCGAAUCAUUUGCAUUGGAUGAAUUGUGUUCAGAGGAAGACCUGCCAGUAAAGAGCUGCAGUAGUCCAGUCUCAAAAUGACCA